CGGCCAGACGCAGCGGGAGCUUCUGGGCGGCGGCCGAUUGGACGAGCGCGGCGCGGAAUCCGCGAACUGCCCGCGGCCCCGAGGGUGCAGGCGCCGGGGACCGGUCACUGGAGGGAGCCGGGCUCCUGGACUGACUGGCGCUGCCCUGACCCAUGGACGCCUCCUCUAGCCCGUGGAAUACCACCCCGGCUCCCGUCAGCAGUCCUUCCCUGCUGCUCCCCAUCCCUGCCAUCGUGUUCAUCGCUGUGGGCACCUAUUUGUUGCUGCUCGGCGUAGUGCUGCUGACUAGGCACUGCCUACUGGCCCAGGGUGGCUGCACCGACUGCAGCUCCCCCUGCAGGAAGCAAGGUGCCUCCAGGCCCCAGGACUGUUGCUGGACCUGUGCAGAAGCCUGCGACUUCCCUCUGCCUAGCCCAGCCCACUGCCUGGACGCCUGCUGCCCCCAGCCCACAGAAGCGGGUUGGGCCCCUAGCUGUCCCCGCUGCUGUCCGCUCUGUGACUGUGCCUGUGCUUGCCAGCCUCCCGACUGCCAGAGCCUCAACUGUCUCUGCUUCCAGAUCAAGCUCCGAUGAGGCCCCGGAGUCCCUGCCCCUUGGGGAGUGGCCAGCCCCCGGGGCCCACAUGCCCCGCUCCCUGCCCCGCUCCCUGACGGGGCCUCUAGGCCCCUGGAACCACAAAUGGCCUGCCCAGCUCAUCGGCCUGGGAACCAGCGGCAGAGAGCCUGGCUCCCUGCAGAGCAGGACUCAGAGAGCCCCUGGCCAUUUGGACUGCAGCCCCUUUGGAGGGCCAGGAGGGAGAGGGGCUAGUGCUCUGGCAGGUCACCCUGCCCACCUCUCCCCCUUGCCACAUAAACUAUUAUAAUUGAAGGUGAGGGUGGGAGACACUGCUCACCACAGACCACCUCAUGGGACGAACUUGGGCCUGGAGUAUCAGGAUAUAGGGGUACCACAGCCACACAGUGUCCAUGGACUCUCGGUUAUCUUGAGAUUCUUGUGCGAAGAUUGAUUUCUCUUGACAACCUCUGAGGGCUUCAGACUGGAUUUCCAAGGAAAUGUCCUCCAAAGUACCGGCAAGGUGACCCCAUGGCAGAGCGCAAGCCAGAAGGGUCCGGCUUCUACAUGACCCGUCUGUCCAUGGCUCUGGCCUAUUGCAUUGCCCCAGAUGCCAGUAUGCCACCCCACCCACAGCUGGGAAACACCCAGCAACAGACAGUGUUAGGAAAGGUACAGGAGGCAGGCCUAGUAUAGGGAAGUUGGGUGUAGGGGAGGGCUGGGGACAGGAAGUGGCCAGAUACCCACCGGUAUGGAGCAGGGGAGGUAGGGAACCUUUAUCCCAACCUCCAGGCAAGGGGCCCUGCUGGUUGGAAGACCCACAGUGAGCCCCCGCUAAUCAGUCCUCCC